GCGUUCACUGUCACUCAGACUGUCUCAGCGUCUGGUCAGCCUGCUUCUGUGCUCCGACUCGCUCCCACAGGGAUUGGACCCGGCGUUCACCAAGGCCUUGACGAGGUUGGAACUUGAACCAGCGACUCAGCCGGCGGGGUUAAAUAUACGAGCGACACCAUGUCCACCACGGCGAGGGCGGUGAUCUGUCUGACCCUCUGUCUGGCUGCGUGUCAGGUCAGAGGGUUCUAUGUCCCCCAGGAGAUGAACAGAACCAUCCAGAAGCUCCUGAGGCACUAUGAGAUUUCAGAUGAAAUGAGAUUUAACGGGAAUCCCGUCUUCUCCAGGACGCCACUGUCCGGAAAAAUUGAGACUAAGAAGUUGUUCCUGGGCGCCGUUUUGGAAACAUACGAGAAGCUCCUUGAGCACAUGAUAAAGCAGCGGCCCACACCGAGCCCCCAGACCACAGGGGGCAAGGUGCUCCCAAACGCCAACAACGCCAUCGGUGCUGAGACCGGGUCCAAGGAAGACGUCAGAGGGAAGCUGAACUACAUCCUGAACAAGGUCCAGGACCUGAGGAGGAUGCGGUACCAGCAGCAGCACGAGCUUCUGAAGAGCCUGCAGACCCUCAAACACAUCAAGAUGGACAGCCUUGAGGUCCAGAGCAAAGCAUUGUGGGAGCUGAGCUGGCUGUAUGAAGAGGCCAGCGAUUUGUCCACCAACGCCAUCGAGCAGAGACGACGAAGACGGCAAGCACGGAAGACCAGACCUCGUCUGACAGGAAGAAAACAAACAAACAACAAGACAGGAUAAACAAACAUUUAGACUCAGAGAUGAUGUCA